AUGGAGGCGACGACUUUCGAUCGUGCCAGUGAGAUAAAAGCUUUCGACGAUACGAAUAUCGGUGUGAAGGGUCUGGUCGACGCCGGAAUCACAAAAAUCCCACGUAUUUUCCAUCAUCCGCAUCUCAGUAUAACCCUAAACCCAACAAAUCCACUUCUUUCCUUCCCCUCCACGAAAGUGAUGAUUCCUACUAUCGAUCUCGGAGGAGGCUUGUUCGAUUCCAUGGUUGCUCGAGAGUGCGUAAUCACAAAGAUCAGAGAAGCGGUUGAGAAAUUCGGAUUCUUCCAGGCGAUUAACCAUGGGAUUCCACUUGAUCUUUUGGAGAAGAUGAAAGAUGGGGUUCGUGAGUUUCAUGAGCAAGAUUCAGAAGUGAGGAAAAAUUUUUAUAGUCGCGAUAACACGAAAAAGGUUAAGUAUAACAGCAAUUUUGAUCUAUAUAGCUCUCCAUCUGCGAACUGGAGAGAUACCUUAAGUUGUUUUAUGUUCCCUGAUCUUCCAAAAGCAGAGGACUUACCAGAGAUUUGUGGGGAAAUCAUGUUGGAGUAUUCGAAGCGAGUGAUGAAGUUAGGGGAGUUAAUCUUUGAGCUUUUAUCACAAGCUUUAGGGCUAAAUCCUAAUCACUUAAAAGAAAUGGAUUGCACAAAAGGUUUGUUCAUGCUCUCUCAUUACUACCCGCCUUGUCCUGAGCCUGAUCGAACUUUCGGCACAAGUCAGCAUUCAGACAGAUCUUUUCUCACUAUUCUUCUUCAAGAUCACGUUGGUGGGCUUCAAGUUCUUCAAAAUGGUUACUGGGUCGACGUUUCUCCUCUUUCUGGAGCUCUUCUCAUUAACCUUGGAGAUCUCUUACAGCUUAUAACAAAUGACAAGUUUGUGAGUGUGGAGCAUAGAGUUUUGGCUAAUAGAGGUGAAGAGCCGCGAAUAUCGGUCGCUUCUUUCUUUGUGCAUCCUUUACCGAGUUUGCGGGUUUAUCGACCGAUUAAAGAGCUUUUAUCUGAACAAAACCCUCCCAAGUAUAGAGACACUACUGUCACUGAGUACACAAGCCAGUACAUGGCUAGAGGACUUAAUGGGAACUCUGUGUUGCUUCAUUUCAAGAUCUGA